CACCUUUAGAAAUGAAAACACUGAGACAGGGAGGUCAGGGGACUUCCUUGCCCAAGGUCCUGCAGCUAGGAUAAAAAGGGGCCGGGGCAGUCGAAUUCGAAUCCAGGCCUUUUAAGACCAUCUCGUUCGCUGCCAUUGUCUGGGAAGAAGAACUUGUUGACUGAAGACCUGACUCCUGUUCUCUCUUUCACUCCCUGCACUGCUCAGCUUCAAGCCCCACGAGGGCAGGAGGCCAGCGCGCCCUCUGCUCGGCGCCCACGAGCCGUCUGCUGGGCCGACGCCGCAAGCAGAAUCAGCCCUCCUUUCACAGGGAGGAUCCGGGAGCUGGUGGGCAUCCAGGCUAAGUGUGGACACUGCACACAGCAGGCGUGGACGUGUUGGGUCGAGCGCUCCGCCCAGGACGAGGGCUCGGUCUCCUCCGGUUUUGCAUAGCGCUGAAACCAGGCAGGGAUCCGCACAGCCUUAGGGUCCUCGGGCGGUGCCGCUCCAGCGGAGCCUCCGCUCAGCACUGCGCUUGCGCGGCCUUGACCUGGACUCCGCCCCCGAGUAGGGACCUACAGCGGACCUACAGCCUGCGCGGCGGCGGCGGCAGCCUGAGGCCGGCGGGACAGGCUCCCCUCCGGACCGCGACCGGCGGGGCGCCUCGUGCAGUGCUCGCUGCCCCCAGGGUUCUGAGUGUAGAAGCCUCUGCGGGGCCUGCCGUUGAGACACAUGGGACUCGGUGCCUGAGGAAGAAGAGCUCUGCAACUUGCCACGCUUUUGACUCACUUCUGCAGCUCGACGGCUCCAGACUGGAAAGAAUUGGAAAUAGUCACGUCUGGGGACCAUGCAUGGACUGCGGUGGUAUAUAAAAGGAGCUAAUUAAGUAUGCUCCCAGGAGGGAACCACGUCUCUGCCAAUCACAGAGCACAUUGAAAGAUGCCUCUGAAGGAUUUUAUCAUGUGAAGCCUCUGGAUUUCAGUGGACUCCAUUCAGAAAUGCAAAUAAAGAAGAUGAAGGACACUGGGCAGCAGUUGUUUACUCCACAAGUGAAUGGACAUAAUUCCUUGACCAUGUCGCCCAGACAACCUAAUGCUGAUAAUCGAGCGACUCGGCCAUAUAGGCAAGACGCCCAGACUCUUCUGUGUCAAGGCUCAGAGGCAGAGGCUGCCAUGAUGACCACCACCACGUGUGUCAAGUGCAAAAGUGUGCACAAAAUUCCUCUUCAGGACUUGAGAAAGGGCACCGGGCAAGACCCAGAGGAAGACGAGUAUGUGUGCUUCCAGUGCAGCCUUGGCGUGGCUUCUCCCCACUUUCAUUUGGGGGACAGUAAUCCCAGCGCUACUCAUGUAGGAAAUAAAACUGAAACCAUCUCCAAUCCUGGAAAUAACAAAUUUAAGGUAAGGAACUUUAAACCAGGCAAAUACUAUUGUGAUAAGUGUCGAUUCUCCACCAAGGACCCUCUGCAGUACAGGAAGCACACACUUCAGCACGAAGAGAUUAAGUUCAUUUGUUCUCACUGCAGCUACGUUUCCUACACCAAAGGGGAAUUUCAGAGGCACUUGGUGAAACACACGGGCAUAUUCCCUUACCAAUGUGAGUACUGUGACUAUGGUGCUAUUAGAAACGAUUACAUUGUCAAACACAGAAGGAGGGUUCACGAGAGGGCUGGCGGGAAACGGCCGCCCAAAACUAUUGCCAAGUUGGAGCCCAGGAGAAGCAGCACAUCAAAAAACACAGAGCUUUUAAAAGCCUCCAAUCCAAGCAUUGCUUUUCAGAGUAAGUUGUCAGAUCAGCUUUCAAGGUUCUCUCUCCAUGCAAGUAAAGACAAAACACACAAUGUCAGGUCCUUACUUGAAUCAAAGGAACACCAAAAAGACGUCGUGUGUGUCCCAAAUAAAAUGCCACUGUUGGAGCCAAAUGAAGUCACUCUAUUCAAGGACAAAAGUGUGGAGGUGGAAGUAUUAUCUCCCUCCAGAGAGCCCGUCCAGCCUGGAAUGCCACUAACAGUUGUGGCACCAGCGGAACUGGUGGUCCCUGCAAACUGUUUAGCCCAGUUGAUAGAUGUGAAGGUUGUCAAUGGAACACAGCAGCUUGUUCUGAAACUGUUUCCUCUGGAAGAAAAUAAUUGCCUUGAAGCUGGUGGGGGUGAUGGAGGUCCUUCUGAACGGAUAGCGAGAGAGAAGAGUUCAAAUGAGCAAGAAAAAACGGUUUCUGCAGAACAAACAAAGUCACUCACGAUUGGAGGGAAUGGUGGGGAACUUGGUAGUAUUGAUAAUCUUCAAUCAUCAGUUCAGAAACAACUUAAAAAUGUGAAAUGGGUGAGGUCUUACGAUUUUUUCAUGUCAAAUUCUAACGUUCACAGCUAUAGAGAGACCCUUCUCAACUCUGAGAGGGUUGAGUAUUUGCAGAAAAAAAGCCACAUGUAUCCACAUAGAACUGCUCUUCCUCCCGUGGCCUUAAAACACCCUUCCCCAUCAUCUGUAGACAAGAGCAGUGUCUUAUGGGGUCUUGGCACUGCAUCAGAUCCUUUUCCAUAUAAAGCUGCUGUUUCUUUUCCUGAAGAUGGAAGAAAUUUACACAGUGACCCACAGAGGUUACUCCCUCUUCCAUCACCCGCAACCCUUUCUUUCUUGGAAGAAAAGGGCUUAUUGCCCAUAAGAAAAAGUGACUUGGAAUCUAGAAGUGGGAUCAGUAUUCCCGUAACAAUGGUUCCGUCUACUAGGAAGCUGAAAGACAGCCAGACACAGGAAUACAAGGCAGUUUCAAAUAUCGGCCAGAUUUCCUCUCAACGUAGAAGUGAGUAUUUACACAUAAACAUAACAGGAGAAGACAGAAUCAGAUCUCAACAGCCUGGGGAUAAACCUUUGGAAUUAAAGAAUUCUGAAAGGACCAGUGACUCUUUCGAGGGCCCGGUCAUCUCAUCAGUAUUUUCCCUGAGCUCUGGAUCUGAAGAUGUCCCUGAGGGUGUUAAGUGGAAUAGUUCAACAUCCAAAAAAAAGUCAAUUGAACUCUUGCGCAGAAAGAUAGCUCAGUUAAUUGAAUCCUGUGGCAAGCCUUCAUCUUUGGCUGGAAAUAACGCACAUCGCCAUUCUGUGGGGCAGGCAUCAAAGGUCACUGAGAAAGCCACCCCUGAAGGUGUUCAAGAAAUGAAUGUGUCAUUUACUGGCCCUGGCUAUCCCCUGGGAACUCUCCCAAAGCCUCGCGAUGUCGGCAGUAUUAGUGCCCAGCUUACUCGCCAGCGCAUAUAUCCACAGUUUAUAGAAGGCAGCAAUGGGAAAACUGAAAGCCAAGUAACCAGGAAAGCUCAUGUCGCUACUCCAGUGUUGAUCCCCAAGGGGGCAGUAUUGAGGGUUCUUAAUUCCUCUGACGAUGCCCAUGUGAUAGAGGCUGCGUGUGGAGCACCCGUCAGCAUCCCUUGCAGUGAGACCCAGUUAAUAACACCCAUUCCAUUGUGCCCAGCGAAACAGACAGACUCAGAUUUACAGCCUCUGACAAAUGAAAGUGGGCCAAUAGACAUGUCCCAUAACCUUGACACAACUUUUCGGCCUAAACCAAGAAGAGAGAGUGUGGUUUGUAGCACCACCCCUAAAAAACCUGGCACCCUGCAUGGUCUGCAGGGAAGCAGUGAACUGAGUAAGCAAGGAAAACUGCUUCCCAGAAGUCUUUCUAUCAGUAAAAAUAAAACCAAACAAGUCAACUCAUCCAAGAAGAAAAGCAAGAUUCAGGCCGAUCCCAGCCGCUGUCUCAAGGACCCUUCAAUUUUUCAGGUUGCAAGACAGCUACGACUGAUAGCAGCCAAACCAGACCAGUUGAUUAAAUGCCCCCGUCGGAACCAGCCCGUCAUCGUGUUAAACCACCCAGAUGUUGACUCACCAGAAGUGACCAAUGUGAUGAAGGUCAUAAAUAAGUACAAAGGCAACGUCCUCAAAGUCGUCUUAUCAGAGAGGACGAGGUGUCAGUUAGGCAUCAGGCGGCAUCAUGUUCGGCUCACCUACCAGAAUGUGGACGAAGCCAAUCAAAUGAAAAGGCAGAUGAUGUUGAAAAUGAAACUUAAAAAAGUUCAUAAAAACAACUAUCAGGUGGUGGGUUCUUUGCCUGAUGAUGCACAAUGUAUAUUCAAGUGCUGGUUUUGUGGACGGCUAUAUGAAGACCAGGAAGAAUGGAUGAGUCAUGGCCAACGGCAUUUGAUAGAAGCAACUAGAGAUUGGGAUGUUCUUUCUUCCAGGGGCAAAUGAGUGACAAAUUGGUGUUUGAAGCAAAGUGUUUUUCUUUUAGCUUAUUCUGGUUUGGGUUGGGGUUUUUCCCUGCCCUCCCUGACUCACUAGGAGAAAUGCAGAUGGUAGGAACGGGGAAGGAUCACCAGUUCUUUGGGCCCCUCAUGGGAAUGAUGGGAACCAGAAAUCUGGCGUGAUCUAAGAUAUGUGACUGGAACUUAGAAGGUGUUUGAAGCCCCUGGAACAGUACACACAAAUCUAAGUCCAUGCAUUUUUCUGGAGAGAAGUGAAAUUUGCAACAGAUUUUUCAGUGGGAUCUGAGACUUUUCUUUAACACCCCUUUUUCUCAGUAGAUACCCAUCUUUUGUAACCCAUGCAGACAGGCGGGUUUGGAGUGUUUCACACAUGUUAAUUAUAUAAGAAAAUGCUACUGAAGAAUCAAGCCCGUGCUUUCAUGUGCACACCCACUUUUUUUGGCGUUGACUCGCCUCCUGAAUAUUUGGUAUAUAAUGGAAAUUAUAUUUUCUAGUGUUACCUUAAAUUUGGUUAUAGAAAAGUGGUCAUUCUUUUCAAUCUCUAACCCACCCCCCCGACCUCCAAUAAUACUCAUAAGUGUUCUUUAUAGCACAGAGAGCUGUGCAUUUUUUUUUUUUUGGCUGUUUUAAAGAAUGAUUCCAAGGGUUUAGCUGAAUUUCCUACUUCAACAGCAGGAGUUAAGGAAGAAAGAAAACAUUUUCAAACUAUUAUGUUCUUUUUAAAUAUCUUAAUUUAUGACAACUGGGGAGGGAAUGUGCCUCUUUGCAAAAUCAAAAAAGAAAUGGUCACAAAGGGAAAAUGACCUAAAAUCAAGUCCUCUGUGUGCCCUCACCCCUCCCACGAAGUCACCAAUUAAAAAUGUGAAUGAACAGGCUUCUUACAGCAUAGGUAAACUUGGGAAGAUAAUUCAAGGUCAGAUUGUAAAGAUAGUUGUGACUUUAAUAGUUGAGUUUUCAUUUGGGAAUUCACCCGUAGACCCUGGGUGAAGGCCGCACUCCCUCCCUCCAUCACUAACGCAUUGCAGACAGCUCUGCCAGGUCACCGCUCACUGUCCCUUUGCAUUCUUCCGAACAGGCCCUCCUGUGGAAUAAGGUAGCUUCCCUACUCACCUCCUGUCUUUUUCCUUUGUGCCUUUCAGGCCCCUUAAGGUUUUCCCUCGUGAAAACCUAAGAAACGGGCAGGAAUCAACAAAAUGGAAACAUCCCACCAUCUUUGUUGAGGUCAUAGACACACCAUUCCUGGGUUUCAUCGAUAGGAACAGUUUCGUCCACUUCUAAUUUACCUUAGCCUCAGGCAUGCUUUCCCUCAUGUUCCCAAGAACACUCCUGCUCCCCUGUCUGCCCAUAGGUGUCAGGACAGCUGCUGAUCUCACCGGCACCUUCGUGCAUAAGUAAAAAGCCCGUCCUCCGCACCUUGUGGCUUUUGGGGCAGGUAGUCAGAUUGGUGAAUAUAGCUCGGCCUGGAUUUUAGUCCUCACGCCCACUCAGCCGGGCACCGAGCAUCAUGCAGACCAUAAAGGGCUCAGCCACGGACGGGGCAGGCCCAGCUCAUGUCAUGUGUCUGCCUCCCAGUAGGGACUGCGACUUCCUUACGGAAUGUGUGAGUGUAGUGAAUGAAACUAGGGCUGUUACACCGAAAAAGACAAGUGAGAUUUCUGUUGCUUUGGGUAGCCAGUCAGAGACUUGAUUUUUUUUUUUUUUCCCCCACUUGGGAAAGGGUUUGAUUGUCCUCUGAUCAGUGGGGAUUACAAUUCUUUGUAGUUGGUUCUCAAUUACAGGUAAUCAACAUUUCUUAUGUAUAAUUCAGUACAUGAUCAUUAUGUUGAUUAAUUGGUUAAUUUUUAUUGAAAUUUAAAAUUUGGAUUUUUAUAUGUGUGUGUACACAUAUAAAUAUUUUUUACCAUAUGAAAACUGCAGUAGCUAAUUUUCUGAUUUCCUAUUUUGUAAUGAAAUUAAGUGGGCUGGAAAAAUAGAAAAUGUUUUUUAUUCUAGAAAAUUUAUUUUGAAAGUACCUUUUUAUAAUGUUCUGAUCUCACUAUUAGAUAAUAAAAGCACAUAAGUGAUGGGUCUGAUGCGUAUGAACAAACAGGAGUACAAACAAACCCCUGUGGAUCAUUUCAUCACAGUAUUUCAUCCCCAUGCAGUUCGAGUUGGUGCUUUUUGGGGAAAGGAGCUUGUGGACUACUUGACUGCGUAGAGGAGAACGUUCUCAAGGUUUGUCCCUGUGUGGAUUUGUACCCCUCCAGCGCGAAAGGAGCCUCCUGAGAUAUUCAGAGGAGGAAGAGAAAAGACUGAUUUUUGUUUGUUUUUUUUCUCUUAUACCUCACUACAUAGUCGCGUCUUUCCCGAAAGGCUUCACGUGACCUUUCAAGAAAGAUGACCAUGAAUCAGGUCCAAGUGUUACGUGUCAGCAUGAAAUGUGUGCACUUUGCAGCAUCAGCUGUUUUUCAAGUUACCUAACCUCAGUGAACGUACUUGUACGGGACUAACUGGUGAACAGGAUAUGUAGCUAAGCUUCGGGGGCUUUUCCGAACUACAGUGCUUGUUAAGGAAUUAAGGGCCUGGAGUCGUAAAAAAUGAGAAAACAAAAAUUGGCUGUCUUCCUUCCCUACGUAAAGAACUUUAGGAAUAGCUUGUUAACGGGUAGGUAAGUGUCGUGAAAUGAGUAUGUCAUUUCUGACAAAAUUGAGACAGCAGGACUGUGUUGGGUGUUUGUAUGCUUCCUCACCUUGAUUUUGAAGGACCCCUACUCAAAUUUUAUUAAUAGUACUUACUAGUAAAAUCAUUUUACACUUUUUAAAGUAGAUUUUCUUUGGGGGAUCAGAAGUCAGAUGAUCUUGUUAUAUUUAUGAUAUGACAGUGAAAACUUAAAAAAAAAAAUUAACUCGAAGUAUAUGCUAAUCGAUUAUAUUUUACUCACAUUUUUAUCCCCAGCCCCAAACAAUUUUGUGAGCCCCUGUUAUGGGUCAAGUGCUGUCUGUUGAACUAAACUGAACACAGUGUGUUAACCCUCAGAAGCUGCCGCUUUCUCUAGGACAUACCAUAGAAGCCAUCCCAGCAAAUGAAGGUGUGAUGCUGCUUGGCCUUUGGAUUAAUUUUUGAAUCUGUCAGUCAACGUGAGCAAAAAAUAAAACACCGCAUAACAUGUUUUAAGCAUUAUUAUAA